AUGGCAGGCCUCCAUCUCAGCCGGGGGGGGCUGGUGCUUCUGCUGCUCUGGACCCUGUCGGUCGCCGCUGAUGCAGCCGGGGUUGCGAGCGCAGAACGAGGGGGAGUUGGAAGAAGCCAGAGAAGAGGAGGAGGAGGAGGAGGUGCAGAGAAGAAAAAGAGGUUCCACCGCAUCCAACAUGGACAGUGCAGCUACACCUUCAUCCUCCCGGAGCUGGACGGGUGCCAGGCCGCAGGGUGGGCGUCGCAGGCCGAGCGCUACGGUGACUCUCGCAGGUCGAGCGUGGUGCAGAGAGACUCGCCUCCGACAGACGGAGAAUGGUCGGCUCAGAAGCUGCAGCAGCUGGAGAGCACGAUGGAGAACAACACGCUGUGGCUGCAGAAGCUGGAGAACUUCGUACAGAACAGCGUGAGACGAGACAUCACCAACAUACCGUCACACGUGGUGCACAACCAGACGGCCACCAUGCUGGAAAUCGGAACAAACCUCCUCACGCGCACGGCAGAGCAGACACGCAAACUCAACGUGGUGGAAGCCAAGGUGCUGAACCACACGUCUCGGAUUGAGAUCCAGCUUCUGGAGAACUCUCUGUCCACCAACAAGCUAGAGAAGGAGCUGCUACUCCAGACGUCCGAGAUCAGUCAGCUGCGAGACAAGAACAGUCACCUGGAGAGUAAAGUUCAGAUGUUGGAGUCUCGGCAGAGAGGAGAGCUGGAGGACAUGAAGGAGCACAAGAGCGGACUGCAGUCUGUUGUCAGGACUCAGAUGGCGGCCAUCGAGUCUUUAGAGAGGCAGCUGAGAGUCGCCAGCAGCAACAACACAGCUCUGCAGAGGCAGCAGGCUCAGCUGAUGGCAUCUGUCCACACACUCAUUAACAUGGUGGCUAGUACUACAGCGUCACCUCCUGGGAACCAGAUGUGGAGGGACUGUGCAGACGCCUACAAGGCCGGUCACUCUGUCAGUGGAGUGUAUCAAGUCUUCAUCAGCAACAGGACUCAACCUGUGCAGGUGUACUGUGACAUGGAGACGAGCGGAGGAGGGUGGACGGUUUUCCAGCGACGGUUUAACGGCAGCGUGGACUUCCAGAGGAGCUGGAGGGAGUACAAGAUGGGUUUCGGGGACCUGUUGGGAGAGCACUGGUUGGGUAAUGAAGUUUUGUACCUGCUGACCAGUCAGGGUCAGUACUCUCUACGGGUGGACCUGAAAGACUGGGAGGGAAACCCCGCCCACUCCCAGUACGACCGCUUUACGCUGACCAGUGAGAGGCAGCAGUACAGGUUGUAUCUGAGAGGUUACAGCGGCACAGCAGGGAGGCAGAGCAGCUUGACCACCCAUGGGACCAGCUUCAGCACCCGAGACCAGGACAACGACAACUGCGACCACUGCAAAUGUGCCCUGAUGCUCACUGGAGGUUGGUGGUUCGACGCCUGUGGUUUCUCCAACCUGAACGGAAUGUACUACAGCAUCGGCCACAACAUCAGGAAGCUUAACGGUAUCAAGUGGCACCACUUCAGAGGCCCCAGCUACUCUCUGCGCUCCACCGCCAUGAUGGUUCGACCCUACGACUUCUAG